UGUGUGUGUGUGUGUGUGUGUGGAGGGGAGGACCAGCUCUCAGCAGUCGAGAGUCAUAUCUGCUGAGAGUCGGGACGGAGCAGACGUACAGAUGGACCAUUCAUAACAACUGCAGCAACAACAACAACUGCAGGACUACAAUAUAAACACCUGGAGAAUACACUUCCCAUCAUGCAACACUCACACAGCAGCGUGGAGCUCAAGGGGGCCUCCCCGACACAUAGCUCCCCGAAGAGGACCCGGGCGGCGGGCUACGGGCCGUGCGGGAGACACGGCCAUGGUCUCUAUCCGCCGGAGGGAGUCUGUUUCUGGGCAGGGAUUCUACUGUGGGCCCUGGUCGCGCCAGGGGCCUGCCGUCUGACGGCGGAAAUGGAAGACACCAUUGUGGAGCUGCACAACUACUACCGAGGGCAGGUGUUCCCCGCGGCAACUGCGAUGAUGCCCCUGAAGUGGGACGCCAGCCUGCAGGGGCUAGCUGGGGGCUACGUGGAGCAGUGCACCUGGCAGCACAACCCCCAGCUGACCGACCACGGCGAGAACCUGUACGUCACCGAGGGAGAGCUGGACAUCCAGGUGGCCCUGGAGCAGUGGUUUAUGGAACAUCUCAACUACAACUAUAACAACAACAGCUGCCAAGAGGAUAAGAUGUGUGGACACUACACACAGAUGGUGUGGGCUGACUCCCACAGGGUGGGCUGUGAGCUCCACUCCUGUGAUGUCAUGCAGGGUCUUGAGAUAGGCCCCUCCCAGUUCCUGGUCUGCAACUACUACCCUGCGGGUAACUAUGACGACCAGAAGCCCUAUGAGGAGGGAGACUGGUGCUCCAGGUGUCCUGGAGACCUCCAGAAGUGUCGGAACCAUAUGUGUGUUCCUGAUGUGGAGGACGAAGACGAGGACGUUGAGGAUGAUGAAGACCAAACUCCUACCCCCUUUACUACAUAUCCUGGCAUUGUUUUGGUUACUGAAGCCUCGCCCCCACUGCUAUCACAAGACACGCCCCCAACGCCAUCGGAAGACACGCCAUCGGAAGACAAGCCAUCGGACGACACGCCAACGGAAGACACGCCAACGGAAGACACGCCAACGGAAGACACGCCAACGGAAGACACGCCAACGGAAGACACGCCAACGGAGGGCACGCCCCCAGAGUCCGACUCAUCCCCAGAAAACGUGGAGCUGCCUGCUCACCUGGCAGAGGAGGAGACAGUAGAGGAGGUGCCAAAAGAGGAGGAGGAGCAGGAAGACGGGGAACAGAAAGAGGAGGAGCCUAAAGAGGAGGAGCCAAAGGAAGAGGAGCCGAAAGAGGGGGAGACAGUAGAGGAGGCGCAGAAGGAGGUGGAGAAGAAUGAGGCUGAGCAGAAGGAGCAGCCUAAACAGACAAAGCUGCUGAUAGAGACAAAAUGGGAGAAGACUAGAGAGACUCCAUCAUCAGGAGGUAGAGCUACUUCCUGCAGCCCAUAUGACAACUUCCUCUUGCUAUGUCUUGUCGGGGCGCUAGUAUUGAGGCUAUGAGGAGAGGAGAGGAGAGGAGAGGGGAGAGGAAAGUAGUUGAAUAAAUCAGUGUAGUUUAAUGAAUAAUUAAAAAAGACAGGAAUAAGAAAUGUCUGAUGUGUUUUAUAACUUUCAAUUUCUAUACUUUGAGACAUUUAUUUUUAAAAGUGUUCAUAUAAAAACGAAAACAGUAUGUUCUUAAGGUUAAACUGCUGGAUAAGUGUGAGUGAAUUGAGCUCUCAUCAUGAUCCCAUGGGCCUUGUUUACCAAGCAGCCAUCUUGGUAACUCAGUCUCACCAAGCUAGUUUAGAGCCAAGAUGGCUUCCAUGUCAAUCACUCUGCAGUGCAAUAGAGACGACAAACCUGCCAGUCUCCUUAUACCAGGAGGCAGGAGCUAAACUGGAAGUUAACUAGGAGUUAAACUAGGAGCUAACCUGGAAGUUAACUGGAAGAAAAACUAGUAGAUAAACUGGGAGUUAAACUGGAAAUUAUAGAAAAUAAACUGGAAGUUAAAUAAGGCGCUAAACUUAGAGUUUAACUUUAGUUAAAGUUAUAGAUCACAUACUAAAAUCAUAUACUAAAAGAGACACACACACACACACACACACACACACACACACACACACACACACACACACUCACCACCACAC